UAUAGUGAUACUGGCUUCAGCAUAAUACAUAUGUAGCUGUUACUUGGCAACGUGUUCAAGACGGUGGAUCGCCUUGGAAUGCUAAACGUUAAUCAAAAUUACUGAUAAGCGCCCGUCCAAUCCAGAAAUACUACGAGUACAACGCACAAGCAUGCAUAACGAAAUGAUUUCUAAUGCGGGAUAAUGAAGCGAAAAACAAGUCAAGUUCGGUCGAUGCGCCCCGAAAACCCCGCGAUAACUUUUUGAACAUCAAUACAAUCAUAUAUAUAUAUGUGUAUGUAUCUAUGCAUAUACAAGUGUACUAACAUAAAUGAAAUUGGUAACAAGAACGAAAAAAUUACCAAUAAAAUGUCCGCAACAGCGGGAUUAUUAGUGGCCGCCAUCUCCAAAGUCUCUCCAACGCGAGACGCCACUUUGCCGACGUCACAGCCGAAACGUUCCAGCAUCAUCGCUUCUGAUCCUAGCAGAGCACAGGUGAACGGCAUCACAGAGCUCAGCUGUCAUAUCAGUCGCAGCAGCUCUCAACAGAAUCUCGAAACAGAUAGUGGAAAGAGUUCGUGUAGCCCUGGGUUACUCGACUACAGCUACGAAAACGGUACAGGUGUGGAGGCUAACGGUGCUGCUCAUAGCGGCGCUAACACAAGAGGCGGAUUAGCUGAAGGCACUUUGAGAGAGAAGCGAUUGUGUGCAACAAAUUCUAACAGUGAAGCCGCCGCUUCCGACAGCAUGAGUACCGUUAGCUCCAUUGGUAUCGGCACUGGAAUUAGUUGCAACGCAGAAGAAGAAAUGCGUCAAAAACUGCGAUUCGAUCGCCUGCACAAAUUCCGCCUUAUUCUGCUAGCAUUAGAUCGACAGAGAGAUCCACAUCGACUGUUGCGAGAGCGCCUGAGCAAAAUCGGUGAAAGACGAAUUUUUAGGAGGGGAUCAAAAAACGAAAAUAACUGCAAUGUUUGUUCCGGCCAAAUCAAACAAGUUGAUUCCAACAGCUUUGUCACGUGUUACUCAUGCAACAGAAGAAUAUGUCGUGGUGCGAAUUGCUCGAUUUGGUUGGCGAAAUCGGGACAAUGGGAAUGUCAAUUAUGUAACUCCUCGAAGGAGUCGCUAGCACACACUCAGUCUUGGGUUGCCGAGCAAAUGAGCUUCAAUCAUCAGAAGCUUGUUAGUCCUCUGAGAGCGCGAAGUGAAAUUUACAUACCGAUUGGCGAUUUUAAUGAAAGUUCCAUACAUUUUGAAAGUGUUAGCCAAGUGGGUAUGAAUCUUGAUGUCAUCCCCGCCGAGCAAAAGCUUAAAAUACGAGAGUAUGUGGAGGAAGUGGUGGCCAAGCUGUUGGGUGGUUCACUGGAUCAAAUACGCGUCAAUCAAUUGUCGAAAAGUGAGACUUACUUACAGCUCUUUGAGCGAUAUCACUCAAAACUGAGUAACAUUUUUAUCAACUUGGAAAAUGAGUUGAGCAAUAAAGCUCUUAAUGGAGACCUUCCUAGCAUCAUAAAUAGUAAUGCAACUCCUCAAUCUGCGGCGAUUUUAAAUAACAGCGAAAGUAACCAUAAUCCCAAUAAUGUCAGUAUGCCAUCCGAAUUUUCGGAAAUUUCACAAAUGCGCCUGCGUCAAAUGAUUGAAUCAAUCAUUGCUGAAACGUUGCGUAUGCCACCGCUUAAUAAUGGUAGCGUAUCAGAGGUAGCCCUCAACAUGGAUACGCGUUCGAAUGGUGUAACGAAAUCCUUGCCAUUGGGUAAUGGAAAUGCACACUUUCCUCAUCAACAUCGAACUGAGCAUUACUUCGAGCCAAAGAUUUAUCAGGAUUUGCUAGCAACAGCUGUGUUAAAUAAGAUCGCUGACAAGGAAGGCAAUAUUCGACAAUUUUCAGAAAGCACGCCUGACCUCAGCUCUUGCAACAUUGACUCGAACUUUAAUGUGGAAAAUCAAAGUACUUCCUCCGGAAGUUCAGUGGAACCAAGAAGCGAUUUUAGCUACACUGAUACCGAAAAAUCACCAAAAAUCAACAAAGUUCCUGGCCGCGAAUCAGUUUUAAGCGAUUACAUCGCCGUCCACACUGUGCCGCUACCUGAUCUAUCAGCGGCAGUUACUGAAUCGGAGGAUGAUGAUCAUGCCUCUAUAUCUUCAAGCAUACUUGCUGAGGGUACUUGGGAGGAUAACUGGCUUUUUAAGAAAAAGCGAUCAUCGUUAACGGCCUCCAUUACUGGAAGUGUCGGAAUGUUAGUGCCUGCACCAAAAGACGAUGUACGUGCUCAAAUCGGCGAUAAGACCACCGAUGAAAUUAGUGACCUCUCCGAAAUGGGCUCUGAUACAGAUGACUCGUCAUCGAAAAUAAUUUGUGCCAAGAUAGAUCCACUUAACGACCGCAUACUGAAUAAGCAUUUGAUUGGUGGCCAGAAUACGAAAGUGGUUUUAGAUGAAUUGAUUGAAACAGCCAGCAUGAUUUCGAAUAAAUCACACUCAACACUCAAUGAGCCAAAGUAUACCGAAACAAGAAACGAACACGUUCUGGAAGCAGCGUCUAAAGUGGAAGCCCUUAAUCCCAGUAUUGCCAACAGCUCAGCUCAGGAAACUAUGUUAGGUUAUUCAGAAAUCGAGCGGAAACAAAAUCCAUCACCAGCUCCUUCUGAAUCAAGUGAAGACAUUCAAUACGAAGAAGGCUGUACCGGAUUUAGUACAGUCGAAACUUUUGAACCAACCCCCUCCUCAGAGCACGAGCCUCGACCAAUCAGCCAGGGUCCAUCCGUCAUUGAAAUUCUUGCAGCUAUGACUUUAAGUCCCAUGUUGGCUGUGCCUGCUUCAGAGCAGCCACCAAUUCUGACAGCUGCCGAAUUGAGCUCUCUGAGGGAGUUAAGUGAUUUGGCUUUGGCUGAAAUAAAAGCGCGCACGCCUGAAAUGGGACAUCAUUCUCUAGAUAUCAUAGAUGAAGAAGAAGAAAGGAAAGUUAUAAUCCUAGCAGAAAAUAAUAAACCUGAUACUGACGAAAAUAAGUCUGUGAAUGUAAACAUCGUUAAAGCAAGUGAAACACCAACGACAGCCACGAAGCCGCUUCUAAACAAAUCCGAACUCGUCCACAAUAUUGUUAUAGAAGAGCCUCGAAAGCAGGUCCUGCAACUACUUACAGCGGAUGAUGAGGCAUAUAAGUUAAAGGCCAUGGCGGUAGCGGAACCGCGACCAAUUGAUAGCGUGCAUCAAGAAAUUGAAGCAGAUCCAAAAUCGCCAGAAUUAUUACCAACAGCUGAGAAACCGACCACCACAUUGCUAUCACAACUAGCUGUAAAUGCUCUCAAACUAUCUGAACCCUCUCGGUCUUUAGAAAGCGAGUUAACGCCGAAAAUGAAUGCCGAAUCUACAGAUACAGCCUCAGUCGUCGGAAAGCAAGAGCUUGUCGAUUCGGAAACUGCAGUCGGUGAAACAGUCCCAGCUAAUCCCAUCAAAAUAAUUGAUAUAGAUACCAAAGCAGUGAUGGAAGGAGCGAUUUCUUUAAAACCCACACAAAACGAUAACCCUAAACAGAAAGAAGAAGAACUAUUUAAAGAACCCUUAAACAUUGACGAUAAGUCUUCUGUAACCGUUAUAUCAGAAGAGCUAGUAACUUCAAAAACACCACAGAACUGUGAAACAGAACUGUCAGCAGAAGUCCAGCAUUUAAGAUCAGGAGUAGUUACGGUAAUACAUAAACAAGAAAACCUUGAGUUCGACAAUAUAGUGAACAAAUCGAUGGCCUCUGCAACACUUCAGAUGCACGAAGCAGUGGUAGCUCUACAAGAUGGGCAGGUGGAGAAGAUGGUUCCGGAUUUAGAAAGAAACACGACAAUAGGCGAUGCUGACUCGAUUGUGGAAGGCACCGCCUCUUUACAAAUACCGCACCCUUUAGAAAUAAAAGCAGAGAACGUAGAGGUUUUCAAGGCAGGUCAAUUAGACUCAGCUUAUGUGACCGAAAUGGUGAUAACUUCCGUUGCAGCAGAAAGUCCAGAAAUUGUUGGUAUAGAAAAAGCGACGGAUUUAGUAGACACAUCACUAAUGAUUGCACAAGAUAUAGCACAAAAUGUUCAAGCCAAAGGAAAUUCCCAAACACCUACAACAAACCCGUUAGAAAUUUUACAGAUUAACAAGACCGAUGGACAAAAAGAAGGCUCUUCUCAACUUUCGUUACUUGAAACCAGUUCCAAUCCUAAGCCUGAUUUGGUAGCGGAAGCUUCGAUUAAUUUUACCGCAACGCGGGUAGAUGGAAUCCAUCAGACCAUCGAAACAUCUCAGCCGGAAAUUUGUACUGAAUCUAAAAAAGACAGCUGUGUUUCUGAGGGUGUCGAAAUAAAGUAUGCAUUGAAUACUGAGGCACCCUUAGCAGCAAUACAGACUCAAGGCACAGAGACAGUAACAUCUGUAGGUACGGAUAUAUCGUCAGAUACCAUCCCGUUUGCCAAAGAGUCAAAACCUUUACUGGGCACUGAUGUGGAGGUAGUUCCAGACAUCAGUGAAAUCAUCUCGCCAUAUUAUACCACUCAAGAUAUACCUAUCGAACCAGACGAGACGAGAGAGACUGUCAUGAAUUCGGAAUCAAAAAAAUUGCAAUUUACCGAAGUACGCCCAGUACCAGUUGUUAAUGAAGAAAUACUAACCAAAAUUGACCAGGUCGACGAAGUAAUUCCAGUCCCAGUCACUGAUUCUGAAAUUACAUCAAAAAAAAUCGCUCGAAAUUUAUCCGAAGAGAAACUGCCACUGACAAUAAACGUAGAGUCAGUACCACUUGCUGAGCCGGACAUACUGCCCGAACCAUCUGUUCAAGAAUUACCCGAUGCGGUGUUGGAGCUAUAUCAACCCAACGAGCUAGAACAAGUAUCAGUCAUCGACGAGGUCAAAACGUCUGAGCAAAAAAUUCAAAAAGUCCCUACGGAAUCACAACCUAUAACAACAACUGAUGAAAAAUCGACGGUAGUACUCAACGAAAGUAUCGAGACCAACAAAGUAGAGGCCGGACCAGUUUACCUUGAAAAUUUUCCGCCAAAAGCAAUAAAGGAAAAGAAUUUUACGGAAUCAGAAAAUACGCAAAUCUACGAAGUAGAGCUAGUACCAGUAAAUCAUAACAAUUUUCAAGAGGACUCUAUGAAAUCGGAGCCAAUGGGAAUGUUCGCAAUAAAGCAAGAGUGUGAUAUCGUCAAUGAAGAACUUUCGUCAGAUAAAAUCUUUCAAAUACCCAAAGAGAUUAUUGAGGAAAUUUCCACAGAAAUAAGUCCAUCAAAUACUUACGAAGUAGAAACAAUUCCAAACGUAUCGACAAAAAUAGUCGCGCAGGAAGUUGCAACGGAAUCAACAGCCCCGCGAGAAAUUCUUCAAAAUAUUCUCUCGGAAUCACAGACACCGCAGGCCGAUGAACAAGCGUCAGAGUCAUUGAAGUCUGCAAAUGUGACAGUCGUCAGUGUGGAAUAUCCGACAAAACCAAGCGUCGAAGAGGGCUUCACGGAAAUUACAUCUCUAUUUAGUGAGGAUUCAGAUCUGGUGCCGUCCGUCAAUAUGGACACACCGCCCAAAACCGUAAUUGAAAAAUGUUUGAAUAAAUCAGAGCUACCGGGGAUAGUCGAAAUAGAACCAGUGCCAGCCACUAAUUCCGCAAAACUUCCAAAACCUAUCACCGAAAUGAUAUCCCUAGAAAAAAGCCUAACAUCGUCAACUGGAUUAGAGCCAGUGCCACUCGCUGAGGUGCGCAUACUGUCCGACCCAAACCUUCAUCAGCCUCCUGUGGAAAAAGAACUAUCGCCGACAGAUGAAGAGGCGCCAGUUCCAGCCAAUUCAGAUAUGCCGUCAGGUUCACUAAUUCCCUUGGAAUCCGCACCAAGUCAAAAUAAUGAAGGAGAUACCGUAUCGGACGUUGAAGCGCACACAAAGUCAGAUAACAUAUUCCAAAAGACUUGCACACAACUGGAAUUACCUCAACCUAACGAACCAACUCAAGAGAAAAUUAUUCAAGAGAUCCUGAAGGAACCAAAGCCAGUGCCAGUCAUCAAUGACGACAUAUCUACAGAUAAAGUCCUUCAGGUGAAUGCGAAGAACUCAGAACCACACCACACCGUCGAAGAGGAUACAAUGUCCGAGAUUAGUGCAGAAAUAAAGUCAUCGAAAUCCACACAAAAUAAAUACAUGGAAACAGAACGUUCACGGACAGACGAUGAAAAACCGAGCCCAGUCGUCGAAGAAAAAUUACAGUCAGAUAAAAACCCCACUGAAAUGGAGGAGGAUUUAUAUAUCAGUGAAAAAAUAACACCUCAACCAAUAAUUCAUAAAAUUCUCACGGAGCCAAAACCAACCAUACCAGUGAAGCCAGUGUCUGACAUCAGUGCAGAAAUACUGACCAAAACAAUUUCUCAGGAAGCGCUCUUAGUAUCAACAUCUCCGCAGGUCAACGAAGGAGAAGCAAUGCCUGUAGUCGCUGCAGAAAUACUUGGAACCGCCGAACAGAUUGUUACGGAAUUGGAACCGUUGCAGAUCGAUGAAAAAGAGCCAGUACCACUGACACAUGAAGACUUACCGUUUGAUAAAAUUUCUCAAAAGAACUUCAUGAAAUCGAAGCCAAUGGAAACAGUUGAACUGAUUUCAGUGCGAGAGAUCAAUGAGGAAACACAGUCGGUCACCAAUCAAAUCAUUUCCAUGAGAUCAGAAUGUUCACUGACAGACGAAGGACACGCGCUGCCAAUCGUCAUGGAAUCAAAUCUACCACUGACUGUGCCGAUCGUCCCUAUGGGCAAGUCGCCAAAACCAAUCGUUCAAGAAGUUGGAACGGAGUCAACACCAUCUCAGACAGAUAAAGUAGAGCCAGUUUCAGCCGCCGAUGCGGACUUAAAUUCAUACAAUAUACUUCAAAAUCUUCCAACGGAAUCAUUACCACCACCUAUCGACAAACAAAUGUCAAAGCUAUUCGCCAAUGCAGAAGUUGAGUCAGAAACACACCUGAAACCAAACACAAUGCUAUCCGCGGAAGUGGACACGGUGGCAGUCGUCUCUGCUGAAUUGCCGAUAGAAACAGGCGCUCAAGAGAUUCUCACGGAAAUGAAACCUGUACCUAGUGGCGAAGCAGAUCAAGUGCAAUUCUGCAAUGUCAAAACACCACCGAAAACAAUAAUUCAAGAAAUUUGUACUGAAUCAGAGCCGCCACGGAGAGAUGACAUAGAGAAAAAACCAGUCAAUAAUUUAGAAGUACCACCAAACCCGAUUGCUCAAGAGAUACUGAGCGAAGGAAAACUAUUCUAUGCCUCACUCCCUGAGUCGGGCAUACAGUCCGAACCAAGCAUUCAAGAGCUUCCUGCUCAACCAGAACUAUGGCAUACAGACGAAGUCGAGCCGCUUCCAGUAGUUAUUGAGGGAAUGCCAUCGCACGCAAUUAUUCAGGAGAUAUCCGGAGAGUCCGAAACAUUGAAUAUUGAUGAAUUAGACUUAGUGAAAAUUAUCAAUUCAGACAUGGCGUCAGAUCCACUUGUUGAUUCAAAAACUGCACCAAUGCCGAACAAUGAAGAAGAUACCGUAUCGGCCGUGGAUUUGCUUUCAAAUGCAGAUUCCAUGCGCCAAGCAAUUCGCUCGCAAGUGGAACUACCUCCACCUAUCAAACCAGCGCAAGAGUCUGUCGUCGAUGAGUGCGAACCCCCUAAGGAAAUUAUUCAAGAGAUCCCUAAAGAAUCAAAACCCUGUAAAGUCCAACAUCUAAAUUCUUCGAAAGCAAAAUCACACCAGACCCUCGAAAUGGGCACAGAGCCAGACAUCAGCGCAGAAAUAAAGUCAGAAAUAUCUACUCAAAAUAGUGCCAGGGAAACAGAACGUCCACAGACAUACGAUGAAGAACCAGACACAGUUGGCCCAGAGGAGUUAGAGUCAGACAAAAGCCUUCAAAUUCCAGUCAAUGAAAUAAAGGAGUUUUUGGACAUAAUUGCAAAAAUGCCGCCUAAUGCAAUUAUUCACCAGAUUUCCACGGAAGAAAAGCCACCGCCCAUUAACGAAGUAAAACCAAUAUCGCUAGUUCACAAAGUUUCAAUGGAGUCUAAACCACCGCUGGACGACGAACGAGUAUCCGUUUCAGUUAACAAAGCGGAAGUAGCGUCAUCUCCAGACAUUCCAAAAAUUUCCCCGGAAUCAGAAAUAGCCUCUGCUGACGAAGUGGAGGUUCUGUCCGAGAUGAGUAUAGAAAUAAUGUCUAAAACAAUUGCUCAAGAGGUUGCGUUGGCAUCAACACCGCAAAUCAAAGAAGUGGGCGCAGUGCUUAUCGGCGCAGAAAACCCCCUAAACACAUUUCUGGAAGAAAUUUCUUCGGAAUCAGGACCGAUGAAGAUCGGUGAAGUUGAACCAGUACCAGUUGUCGAUGAAAACGUCGAUGAACGCAUGGACACGGUUGAAGUGAAACCAGCUCAGGGGAUCAGUGAGGAAAUGACGUCAGAUAAUAUCUUUCAUAUUCCAACGCCUAAAAUAAAUUCGAAUUUGAAAAGCAAAGUAGAAAUACCCCCAAUACAAAAUAUUGAAAAGACUCCCGCGGAAUCAAAGCCACUACAACCCACCAAAGAAGAAACCACUCUGAUUAUCCUUACGGACGAAAUGCUAAAAUCAGUCAUUCAAGAGUUUCCAACAGAGUUAAAAGUCUCACAGGCCGACAAAGAAGAGUUAGUGCCAGCCAACAAACAAGGAACUCCUUUAUCUCCAGCCAUUCAUGAGAAUACCCCGGAAUCAGAAACAGUCCCUGCCGCCGAAGAGGAACCAUUGCCUGACGUCAGUACAGACAUACUGUCAAAAACAAUUGCUCAAGAAGUUUCCAGUACUAGUGCUCCAGUCCCUGUCGUUGAAAUUAAGUCAGUGUCCGACGUCAGUAAAGAAAUACUGUCAGAAAUAAUUAUUCAAGAAGUUGCCCCAGAAUUAAUACCUCCGUUGAUCAACGAAGUGGCAUCAGUGGCUGUUUUCGCUGAAGAUAUGUUGCCAAAUAAAUCCACAGAAAAGAUUUUAACGGAAUCAUUACAGUUGCGUAUCGACGCAGUGGAACCCUUAGCACUAAUCUCUGACUCCAUGAAGUCGGAGCCGAUAGAGACGGUCGAAAUAAAUUUAAUGAGAGAGAUCAAUGGGAAAAUACAGUCAGACAACAUUCGAAGUAUUUCAAUGGGACCAGAAAGUACACCUUCAGUCGUCACUAAGGAAUCUACAUCAGCUAAAAUCCCUCAACCGCCAACGGUACAAUCAAACCCAAUUAUUGAAGCCACUCUGAUGGAAUUAAAGCUCCCACAUACCGGAGAAAUAGAAACAGUGCCAGUCGUCCCUAUCGACGAAUUGCCAAAAGCAUUGGUUCGAGAAAUUACAAAGGAGUCAAAACAAUCACAGACCGGCAACGUAGAAUCAGAGCCUUCAAGGGCAGACAUGCGAGCCACAGAGCAUCUCGCCACCGAAGAAGUUGAGACAGACACACAGGCACAAGAUAUUGUGAUGAAAUCAAAAGCAGUGCUAACCGCGCAAGCGGACACGGUAGCAGUGCUCACUGCGGAAUUAGCGAUAGAAACAAGUGGCCAAGAGGUUCUCGCGGAAAUUAAACUUGUACCUGCUGACGAAUUAGAGGCAGUGCCAUUCUGUAAUGAGGAGAAAACAAUAAUUCAAGAGAUUUUUACUGGAUUAGAGCCGACGCGGAUGGACGAAACAAAUCAAGAACCAGUCACAAAUUCGGAAGUUACAACAUACUCAACACCACCACAGACCGACAAAGUAGCGCCUGUCGCAGUCGCUCAAAAUCUUCCAACUGAAUCAGAGCCUUCACAGGCAGACAUGCGAGGGACUGAACAACUCGCCAACGCAGAAGUUGAGACAGACACACAGGCACAAGAGAUUGUGAUGACAUCAGAAGCAGUGCUAACCACGCAAGCGGACACGGUGGCAGUGGGCACUGCCGAAUUAGCGAUAGAAUCAGAGGCAGUGCCAUUCUGUAAUGAGGAGAAAACAAUAAUUCAAGAGAUUUUUACUGGAUUAGAGCCGACGCGGAUGGACGAAACAAAUCAAGAACCAGUCACAAAUUCGGAAGUUACAACAUACUCAACACCACCACAGACCGACAAAGUAGCGCCUGUCGCAGUCGCUCAAAAUCUUCCAACUGAAUCAGAGCCUUCACAGGCAGACAUGCGAGGGACUGAACAACUCGCCAACGCAGAAGUUGAGACAGACACACAGGCACAAGAGAUUGUGAUGACAUCAGAAGCAGUGCUAACCACGCAAGCGGACACGGUGGCAGUGGGCACUGCCGAAUUAGCGAUAGAAACAAGCGGCCAAGAGGUUCUCACGGAAAUUAAACCUAUACCUGCUGACGAAUUAGAGGCAUUCUGUAAUGAGGAAAAAACAAUAAUUCAAGAGAUUUUUACUGGAUCAGAGUCGACGCGGAUGGACGAAACAAAUCAAGAACCAGUUACAAAUUCGGAAGUUACAAAAUAUUCAACACCAUCACAGACCGACAAAGUAGAGCCAGUUGCAGUCGCUCAAAAUCUUCCAACAGAAUUAGAGCCUUCAGAGGCAGACGUGCGAGCGACAGAACAUCUCGCUAACGCAGAAGUUGAGACAGACGUACAGCCACAAGAGAUUUUGAUGAAAUCAAAAGCAGUGUUAACCGCGCAAGCGGGCACGGUGGCAGUGGUCACUGCCGAAUUAGCGAUAGAAACAGGUGGCCAAGAGGUUCUCGCGGAAGUUAAACCUGUACCUGAUGACGAAUUAGAGGCAGUGCCAUUCUGCAAUGAGGAAAUACCGCCAAAAACAAUAACUCAAGAGAUUUUUACUGGAUUAGAGCCGACGCGGAUGGACGAAACAAAUCAAGAACCAGUCACAAAUUCGGAAGUUACAACGGAGGCAACACCAUCACAGACCGACAAAGUAGAGCCAGUUACAGUCGCUCAAAAUCUUCCAACUGAAUCAGAGCCUUCACAGGCAGACAUGCGAGGGACUGAACAAUUCGCCAACACAGAAGUUGAGACAGACACACAGGCACAAGAGAUUGUGAUGAAAUCAAAAGCAGUGCUAAGCGCGCAAGCGGAGACGGUGGCAGUGGUCACUGCCGAAUUAGCGAUAGAAACAAGUGGCCAAGAGGUUCUCACAGAAAUUAAACCUGUACCUGGUGACGAAUUAGAGGCAGUGCCAUUCUGCAAUGAGGAAAUACCGCCAAAAACAAUAAUUCAAGAGAUUUUAACUGGAUUAGAGCCGACAUGGGUGGAUGAACUAAAUCAAGAACCAGUCACAAAUUCGGAAGUUACAACGGAGGCAACACCAUCACAGACCGACAAAGUAGAGCUAGUUGCUGUCUUUCAAAAUCUUCCAACUGAAUCAGAGAGAGUAGAAACACUAUCAAUCGUAGGUGCAGAUAUACCGCCAAAAGCCAUAUCGGAGGAAAUUUUUGCGGAAGUACCAGCGACAAAUGAUAAAAUUUUUGAAGAGAAUGUCAUAAAAUCAGAGCCAAUAAAUACGGUCGAGUUGAUGAUAGCGCGAGAGAUUGGCGAGGAAACACAUUCAGACAUCAGUCAAAUUAAUGCCAUGGGGCCAGCGCUUUCACUAGUAGACGAGGAAGAGACGCCGUCAAGCGCCAUUGAGGAACUAGCUUCAGCUAAUAUUCUUCACCUGCAAACGUUACCGUCAAACCCGAUUAUUCAGGAAAUUCCCAUGGAGCCAAAGCCACCACAUAUCCAUGAAAUAGAGACAACGUCCAUCGUCCCUACGGACAAAUUACCAAAACCAUUCGUUCCAGUAUUACCAGAGCCAAAAGCAAUGCUGUCUGCGAUCAUCGAUGCGGAAUUACUGGUACAAACAAACGUUCAAGAUAUUCUCACCGAAUUUAGAUCUUCUUCAAAGGGAGAAGCAGAGCUAGUGUCACGAGCCAAUGUGAAAUUACCACCCAAAACAGUCACUCGAGAGAUUUUUACUGAAUCAGAGUCGCCGCGACUGGAAGAAGUAGAACCAGUGUCAGUUGAGAUACUGAGCCAAGAAAAACUGCCUCAACCGCAUGAAGUGGAGCCAGUGCCAGGCGCCGAGGCGGACAUCAUCUCCGCGCCAAUUAUUCAAGAGCUUCCCGCGGAAUUAAAACAAACUCAGAUAGACGAAAUAGAGACGAUUUUAGUUAUGAAUGUGGAAAUACCACUAAACAUAAUUAAAGAAGAGAUUUCCGCAGAAUCAGAAACAUUGCAGAUUAAUAAAUUAGAGCUAGUAAAAAUUUGCGAUUCAGACUUGCCUUCAGAUUCACUCCUUGACUCGGGAUCAGUGCCAAGGCAGAUCAAUGAAGAAAGUAUCGUAUCGGUCGUUAAUCCCAUUCGUCAAGAUUUCGAGAUGGAUUCAACGAAAUCUGAAGUGAACACAGAUCAAGAAAUCAGUGCAGAAAUAAAUUCAAAAACAUUCACGCAAACCAAUACCAUAAAAUCACAACCAUCGCAGACCAACCUAGUAGAACUAACUCCGAUCGUUACACCGUACGAACCGUCAACAACAAUCAUUCACGAUAUCGUGGAGUCAACAUUAUCACGGGCCGACGAAAACGAUUCAGUAAUAAUUCUUAAGGCGAAAAUACCGCCAGUAACAACCUGUCACGAGAAUCCUCCGGGAACAGAAACCGAGCUGGCUGCCCAAGUGGAAGCAUUGUCCGAAAUCAGGGCAGAUUUACUCUCAACAACCAUGUUUCAAGCGCUUGCUUCAGAAUCAACAUCACUCAUCGUUGAACAACUUUCUGCAGAUUUGCAACCUAUGCCAACCUGUGAAGUAGAAGUAGGACCAGUGAUCAAUGAAGGCAUAUCUUGUGAUACAAUUCGUGAAGAGAAUUAUAUGAAAUCAGAGGCUGUGGAGACCGUUACAACAACAACAAUCGACGAAGUAAAGCCAGUGCAGGAUAUCAGUGAAAAUAUGCAGUCAAACUUAAUUCAAAGCAAAGCCAUGGGCUCAGCGCCUAUCCUUACUGAAAAUCUAAUGUCAGAUAAAAUAUAUAAAAUGUCGGAAUUAAAGCCACCACAAGCUGAAGAAAUAGAACCAAAGCCCAUCGUUACUGCAGCUGAAUAUCCACCGGAUAUCGACAAAGUUACCGAUGCGGAAUUUACAUCAUACAAAUCCAUUCAAAAUCUUACAACGGAAUCAAAGUCACUACUAUCCGAUGAACCAGUACAGUCAGAAUACCCACAAGAGAUUGACACGGAGCCAAAAGCAACGCCGUCCGCAAAAAUUGAUACAGUUUCAGUCGCCGAAGAGAGUUUAGCGACGACAAUAUUUCAAGAUAUUCUCACGAAUUCAGACGCAAUGCAGACCGCCUUAGUGAAGCCCAUACAAAACAUUAGUGAGGAAAUACAGUCAGAAACAAUCAAUGAAAGCUACGUCGAGGGAUCAGGAUGUUUGAAGACCAACGAAAUAGAAUCAGUUUCAAUUCACACUGAGAACCAAAUAACAGAUAACAUUCUUCAAAUGCUGACACCUGGAGUACAGCCCGUCGUCGGCGAAGACAGAAAGCCAGAUAGAAUGAUUCAAAAUAUUCCAACUGAGAUACGGUUUUCACAGACCCACGAAAUUGAACCAUUAUCCAUGAUAAAUGCAGGAGAGGUUUCCACCGAAUCGAAACUUAUUCAAUUUGCCAAAGAGGAGCCAGUGUCGGUCGUCAAUGUGGAACCACCGACAGAAAGAAUUAUUCGAGAACUUGAAUCUCCGUAUACUGGUGAAAUAGAGACAGAGGUAUUCGUUAAUAUGGAGAUACUGCCAGGAACAAUCGCUCAAGAAGAUCCCACGGUAGUCAAUGAGGGCACAAUCUCAUAUUCAAUUCUUCACGACAUUCCCAAGGAACUCGAACCUAUGUCGACUGGUGAAGUACAGCCAGUUCAAAUAAGCAAUGUGGACACAGCCUCAGAUUCAGUUCUCCAUGGGGUUACUUCAGAACCAAAACCAUUGUUGAUCGACGAGGUGGAACCAGAACUGGUCGUCCAAGUAGACAUAGCCUCAGAUGAAAUACAAGUGCCCGUGGCACCUUUGCAAGGAAAAGAGGCUGACGCAUUGAAGUCAAUACCGCUUGUCAAUGUGGAUACAAAAACAGAUGUAAUGAUUUUAGAUGGUCACAAACAAUCUGUAUCACAAUGUUUCCUUCGAACUAUUGAAGAAGAUAAAUUAUCAGUCAACACGCGAGUAACAUCGGCUAAUAUAGAAUUAAAGUGCACUGAUGAAACAGAAACAAUGUCAGUUCUCGUUGAGCGCAUAUUACCGAAUACAAUCCUUUUGCAGAAUCCCAGCGAAUGUAUAUCAGAGUCAUCGUCCCUAGCUGCUGUUGAAACAAGAAUACCACUAAACGUCUUUUGUGAAACUCCGCAUACAACAUUGAACCCGGAAACUCAGACUGCAUCUCAAACAGACGCUGGAACGCCGGAUGCACUAAAAAAGAUCGCCGAAUCACAAAAACUACUAGAUCUUGAAACACAAACUCUGCCUACAACACCGAGUAAAGAGCCCACGACUGUGAUUCUAAAUACUACAAAAUGCGUGGAAGCAGAAUCAUCAAAAGAAGUGGCUAAUUUACUUUCUUCAGAAGCACCUAACGAGGCUCACAAUUUAGCUGAUCAAAAUUAUGAAAACAUAUCGGCCACUGUAGAAAUAGAAAAUUGUAUUUCUGGUUUCGAUUCAUCAACUUUGCAGUCGCACACUUUUACCUCUGAAGCUACAAUUACUGGUCAAAGCUGUUCUACCGGUUUUAUAGAAGGAAUGUCGAAUGAAGAUAUUGUUUCAAGUGGAAAUAGAGAUGAAGGCUUUGCCCAAGCAAGAUCUUUAGGUCCUAACAAUAACUCAGACAUAUGCGGUAUAGCCUUCGCUGACUCCUUAAGUUUAUUUAGACCCAUGACAAAGCGGCUUUGCAGACAGUCACAUGUAGUCGACACAACAUCGAGCGAUGAAGACUGUUCACUGCGAUAUGCCACGCACCUGGCCUCACUGAGCAAAACUUUUAUAAGAGAUAAAAGACUCUUGGCUGCGCUCGAAAAGCAGCGGCGUCAAUCAGAGGUCAUGCAAAAGUAUCUGCGCUCUAUUGACUCAUUUGAAACAGAUUUUGACUACGAAUAUCAUACGCAAUCUGUUCUCCCCGAGCAUACACUCAUAUUAAGCACACCGCCUCCACCUCUCCCUAUAGAUGAUGUUAUAGAUGAUGAAACUGAUGACUCCCUUAUAAAAUCACUCAGUGAUUGUAAAUUUAACUUCCUUAACGAUAUUCUUUUCUCAGAUCAAUUGAGUUCCGACUCAAAUCGCACCGACGAAAGUGCGCCAACAACUGUCGAAUCAUACCUGGCAGACUGUAAUAAUGAACUAGAUCUGCCACUAACUAACAUUUAUAAUAGCACAACCGCGACUACUACCAUACUAACAAACGGCUCAUACCUAAGAAUAAGUCCAUCACAAUCUAAUUGUAACGUCAACCAAGAAGAUCAUUUUAUUAACAACGACAGUAACCACCAACCAGAUAUUAACAGUGCAGAUGAUGAUGUUAUCCAUUUGAGAUGUUUCGUGCCAGGCUCUAUUGCAGAGCGUGAGUACAAAAAGUGGAAUAAUGCGGUGGAAAUGCCGAAUAAUCCGUACGCGCCGGAGGCGUUGAAGCGUCGCAUCAGCGGUAGCCAAGAACGUUUCAUGGAUUUACCGAAUAUAGUUCCGAACACGGAAAAAAGUCCCAUAUCUCUGAUAAAAACCGAUGCGGCAGACGACAGUCGCAGCGAAAUUGAUUACAAAAGAUACAGCCGCGACUACUACAUUAACGAUGAUAAAGUGUCGAAAACUAGUCCGAAACACCAAAUUGUCGCUACAGACGGUAGUCGACCGAGUCCGAAUAUCAGUGACGAACCCACAACAGACAUAGCCAUCAAUGAGGUAAAUUGCCACACCAAAAAUACAUAUAAGAGUAUCCCGCUGUAUACUGAUCAUAGCGACUCUCAUUGGACCCUUUCCACCACUCCAGUGCAUCGUAGCAGCUCCCUAAAAUUCAUUAGCCGUCGCUCACCAUCAGAAUCAUAUUACAAUCUCACAGCAAAUGCAACCUCCACUUCCACUUCCACUUCCACUUAUAAUCAAGCACAUUUACCACCACGAUCAUUCACCUCAGCAUCCCAUUACGAAAGUUCGGACCGCAUACACUUUAAAGACAACGACAACGGCAACGACAGCUCCAGAAACGCGAAUCGACGUCGCAACAUUAACAGACAUAGCGAAUACGAAGAUACCGGCAACCUAGACGCGGACAAUUACAAUGACAUAGACAAUUACAGUGACGACAUACGUUCGCAACGGUCGUGGAGAAGUGCCAGCGCUGCUGCCAACUAUCCUGCUACGCUUCCUAAGCGUCGUGCCCACUCCUCACUUAGUUUUUAUCGAGGUGGUAGUGGUGCGUCGGGAAUCUCGUUAGCGACUAAAACGCGCACGCUACCAUCGAGUCAUAUUUUGUCACAAUUCGAGAAGCAAUUGCUCCACAAAGAUCUCAAACGCGACAGUUUUCGUGCCGCUUCGGCGACGACCAAAGAUUUCGUAAUGAAUCCACUUUACGAGAAGGACAAUCUUAAUAAUAUCGCUACAGACAAUGAAAACAGUCCAAAUGCUGAAAUAGCGCAGCGGGGAUCGAGCGAACAAAUGGACUCUGGAGUCGACAGUUGCUUAAAUGGUCUCAGUGAGACCGACGUUAAAACGAGCAAUACUAGUUUGCUCUUUCCCAUCGAGCCACAUUCCGCAGUGUAUGAAGCGCUUCCCGCCCAAGUGGUGGAGGAGAACAAUGCAUCCAUUGAAACACUUUCCAAUCAAUCCAUGCAAUCGGUAAACACUACCACCACCAGUGACGACUCCGAUACAGUGCGUAUUUACGAUUUUAAGAACCAACAAACCACCACCCUUCGCAAUGAGAGGAAGACGCCAACGGCCGAAUUAAUAACCACUAAAGAUUCUGGCGAACCGACAUUGCAAGCGGCGGUAACCAUAUCCACAUCCAUAGAGGACUCGCCACCAAAUUCUCCAAAUGCGGCCGAAGCGAACUCUGGUGGCAUAAACCCCACAAUCGCGCGCACACCAAUCACGCCGACGCGAGGUUCCACACCAAUGGCGUUCAAAUUUCUGCAACCGAAACGAAAACUAAUUGAUCCGAGUAAAAUACUAUCACAGGACGAAGGUGCAGCAGAUGCGCUCCCCAAUUCUCCACCUGGGGAAAAGGCGGUAGUCGAGGAGGAGGUGGCGCAAGUUAUGCCAUCCGUGAAAGCAUUGGCCCAAGCAUUUCUCUUCAGCUCAAAUAAGUAUUCACCCGCGGAAAAACGCUGGAAGAAGGGGGUCCAUAACAUGCCAUCCGUGUCGCAUACCAAACCAGGAGUCACAAAGAAAACUGAGGCUAGUCUUUCCGUCGUUGAAAUAGCAGAAGACGCCACGAUUGCAUCGGAUCUAUCGUCAUUAGAGACGGAUCCACCAACUAACAAGGAUCUAUCGAACAUCGCAUCCCCCGAUACGCUUUUAUCGACAUCUCCCUCAACGAUAAGCCCACCUGCAGAACACGCAACAACAAACGCGGAAGGCAACAAAAGUACAACAAAUGCGUUACGGCGUGUUAGCAUGUUAAAAAGUAAUAUUGCUUUCUUUGAGAAUUUAAGGUUCAAGUAAAUAUUCUUGAUAAAUAAGUUGGAAAAUUUAUCGAAGCAAUCGAAGUGUGGUUUGUUGUAAACCCAGUGCUGAUUGGAAACUAUUUCACGUGAAAAAAUAGUUUCUCCAAAUUAAAAAUGCUGGGCACCUGGGCACAUUGCAGAAAUAUAAUAAUCGGGCUAUACUAACACUUAUUUAUGUACACAUAAAGUUACCUACAUUGGGCUGGCCCAACACAAUACACAGGAAAAUAAACUUUUUGAAAUUUGCCUGCUGCCGCCCCAGAACUGUAGAAUAUCGAAAAUAAGGAGACCCAUAUUUUUUUAAUUGGAAUCUAGUUAAUACUGGAACCGUGCCGCCUCCUCUCUGCAGUUUACCAUAUAUUUUACUUCUAUUCUUUCGUAACGCGCGUGAUGUGGUUACGAACACAUAAAUUAACACAUUUUUUGUAUAUAAAAAAAAAGAUUAUCGAUUAUGAAAAAAUAGUUAGUAAAAUUUCGGAAAAGUUAAAUGUGAAUCAUAAUUUAUUUUUUGAAGAUUUCUGAAGAGAAAUAUUCUUAGUCGAUCCAAAAAUGUUUGAUUUUAAUAAUUUUAUAGCGAUUCUAGGAAAAAUUGUAUUCCCCUCUUGUAAAAUAUAUGGAAAAGUUCCAAGCCCCGGCGCAACAAAGGCUGGAAGUGUAAAUUUUUAACCGAUUUGAAGAUUUUCUAGACCCGAAUUAAAAAAAAAAAGAGUUUCGAUUUUUAUGAGCAAAUGGCGUAAGUCGAAAAAUUAAAGAAACUAGAAGUAAAAUUUUUCUUGGUGACAAAUUGCAGAUUUUGGAUGUGGUAAAAAUGUUUUCUGGGGUCGUGGAAUUCGAUUCUGACGAAAGAAGAAUCACGAAAUUUAAAAUGACCGAUUCAAUAUGGCACACUUUAUCCACAAAAAUGCAAAGGAUAAGAGUUUUGAAUAGCAUCCACCUUAUUGGAUUGGCCAUUAUGAAUUUUACGAUUCUAUCAUCCGAAUCGGACUCAAAGACCUUAAAAACGUUUUCAUUACCUUCAAAAUAUUGAUUUAAAAAUACGGCUUUCCUUAUUUUUGACUUUGAACAGUUCUUCCUAAUGUACAUUCAAUCAUACACAUACAUGUACAUCCUUAUGUAUGUAUGUACAUUACGGUGCCCUCAAUUUUUUUUUUUCAAGACCUCACCCCCUAAUUUCAUACGUACAAAGUGUAAGGUUCCAUAACGUCGAACUACAAAAUAUUGACAAUGUAUACUGUUCCAAAACGCAGCCGAAAAGUUAGCGAAACGCAUCGCCAGAAACAAAGUUGAUGCUUCGU